CACAGUCCAGAUUCACUCCCAUUCUUCAUUCCUGUAAAUGGCCGAGCAAAACUUAAUUUGCUAGCCAACAAGCACAUGCUAAUUAGUUACCUACCUCCCCUACGCACACCGACCAAAUUAAACUUUCCCAAAGAAAAUAGAAGAAUAUAUAAAAGAACUUUCCAUUCCAAUUCGAGUUGCGCCCAUCUUGGCCUUAAGUAAACGCACAUCGUGUGCCCUGUUCCUGAAUCCUGUCCGACCCCUCCCCCCAAAACCUUCCCUGGAUCGCCACCAUGGAUGCGCAGAAGCAAGAGCAGAGGAGCUACUGGAGAUGGAGCAAGCAAGACUUCUUCCCCGAGGAAUCCUUCGCCAGCUUCGCCUCCUACAAGGCAGCCCUCUCCCAGACCUUCCCUCGCCUCAGGGAUCGCAUCCUUGACCGGUCGACUCGGUCCAAAGAGCUCGUCGAGCUCAAGAAGGAGAGCGAGAAUGACAUGAAACGCUGCCUCAACUGGUGGGACCUCAUGUGGCUCUGCUUCGGCUCCGUUGUCGGGUCGGGCAUCUUCGUCAUCACCGGCCAGGAGGCCCACGACCACGCCGGCCCUGCGAUCGUGCUCUCCUACGCCAUCUCGGGCCUCUCUGCAUUGCUCUCCGCCUUCUGCUACACGGAGUUCGCGGUCGAAAUCCCCGUCGCUGGUGGGUCUUUCUCGUACUUGCGUAUUGAGCUAGGCGAUUUCAUUGCUUUCAUUGCGGCCGGUAAUAUUCUCUUGGAGGCCAUUGUGGGCGCGGCUGGCUUGGGUCGUUCUUGGACGUCGUAUUUCGCGAGCAUGAUCAAGAACGACCCUGAUUUCUUGAGAUUUCACGUCAAGGGUUUGGCCGAGGGGUUUAAUCUCUUGGACCCUUUGGCUGUAGUGGUGAUUGUGGUGGCUAAUAGCAUUGCGAUGGCCGGGACAAAGCAUACCUCUUGCUUGAAUUGGAUCAGUUCUGUGAUUAGUGCGGGGGUCAUAGUGCUUAUAAUAGCAAUUGGGUUCUCUCGUGGUCAUGUGUCCAAUUUAGUCCCCUUUUUCCCUCUAGGAGCGAGCGGGGUUUUCACCGCCGCAGCAGUCGUGUACUGGUCUUACACGGGGUUUGACAUGGUGGCGACCAUGGCCGAAGAGACGAAGAAGCCGUCCAGGGACAUCCCAAUCGGUUUGGCCGGUUCGAUGACUGUGAUCACCGUGAUUUACUGUUUGAUGGCUCUGGCACUGACCAUGAUGCAGAAGUACACUGAAAUUGACCCCAAUGCGGCUUAUUCUGUCGCUUUCGCGAGGAUUGGCAUGAAGUGGGCUAAGUAUGUCGUCAGCAUUUGUGCCCUCAAGGGAAUGACCACAAGUUUGCUGGUCGGGGCUCUUGGGCAAGCUCGGUAUAUGACUCAGAUUGCCAGGGCUCAUAUGAUCCCGCCCUGGUUCGCUCUCGUUCACCCAAAAACCGGCACUCCUGUUAAUGCUACUCUAUUGAUCACCGUGCUUGGUUCUGCUGUGGCAUUAUUCUCUAGCUUGGAUGUAUUGUCUAGCGUGUUCUCCUUCAGUACGCUGCUAAUUUUCAUGCUCGUCGCCAUUGCAUUGCUGGUGAGACGGUAUUAUGUUAAGGGCGAGACUCCAAAGAGCGAUCUUCGCAAGUUUUUGGCUUCUCUGUUCGUCAUAGUCGCUUCUUGCAUCGGAGGGACAGCACUUUGGCGCUCAAACGUUGGAGGAUGGAUCGGUUAUGUGGUUGCUGUUGUUUUCUGGGUUUUGGGCACUUUAGGAAUGGAAUUGCUGCCGCAGCUGCGUGUGCCACAGCUCUGGGGGGUUCCCCUGGUUCCACAUCUGCCGUCGUUGUCGAUCGGGACGAACAUAUUCCUGAUCGGUUCGCUGGGCACUGAAGCAUUCUGGAGGUUCUUCAUCUGCACUGCGGUGAUGAUACUCUACUAUCUCCUCGUCGGGCUUCACGCGACUUACGACGUGGCUCGCCAUAUGGCACAGGAAUCAAAAGUCGAAGAUGGAAAGGGGAAAGUAGAUCAUGGCUUGUCAUAGGGGGUGGUGUUGGGUAUAGCCUUGGAUACUGUAUAGUAGUAUAUCCCCUUCCAGUUUGGACAUCGUUGCUGAUGAAUUGGAUACUUUUGCCGAAUAAUAAAGUAUGAUACAUUGUUAAAA